AUGCUUCGCAACGGAGCUACGCGACUUGCCUUGCGCGCAGUCCCAACCCCCAUCCGACCAACCGCAAGCUUCAAGCCAGCUGCACAAUGGUCUACCCAAUUCAGCUCAGUCGCGUCGAAACGCCCGCAAAUAUCAGCUCUAACUCAAUUUAACCCAAUUCAGUUUGCUCUUACGCGCCGCAACUUGUCGCAAGAGCGCAAAGAUGCUGAGAAGAGAUAUGCACAAGAGGAGAUCAAACCUACACCGGAAACAGUUUCUGCAACAUCGACCAUACAUCCCAUUGUAGGCGAGGUCGGUGACACAGAUAGGGCACAGCACAAGGGAGACGUGUCUUCAGGAGUAAAAGGCGAUCUGCACACCAUCAGGGAAACAUUCAACCUCUCCGAAGUUCCCCGAGAAGCAUACACUAUCGGCCUCGCCGGCGUUCUCCCCUAUCUUGCUACUUCAGUUUCCACUGUUGCGUGCGCCUAUGAACUCAACCAUGCCGUGGCAGGCGCGGGAUAUCUCAUGUCGACGUCCACAGCAUCCCAGCUACUUCACAUACUCGAGCCCUUGCAAGUAGGGUAUGGUGCAGUGAUACUUUCUUUCCUCGGAGCAAUCCAUUGGGGUCUUGAGUUUGCUGGAUAUGGAGGCCACCAGGGCUACAAACGCUAUGCGAUUGGCGUUUGGACACCCGCAGUCGCGUGGCCAACACUCCUGAUGCCUGUUGAGUAUGCCCUCAUCACGCAAUUCGUCGGUUUCACAGUAUUGUACUAUGUCGACACUCGAGCGGCAUACCGGGGCUGGACCCCACCAUGGUACGCCAUCUAUCGGUUUGUUCUGACUUUCAUCGUCGGCGCGAGUAUUGUGGUCACCCUGAUUGGCAGGGGAGAGAUUGCGGACAAAGAUGUUCACAAGAUUCCUGGUGCCGUCCAGAGGGCCAAGGAACUCCGCGAUAACCCGCAAGAGAAGAUGGCGGAGCAGGAAGAAGCCAUCCGCAUCCAAAGCCAGGAGGAGAGCGACGAGGCAAAGGACCAGGCUGCGAAAUGA